AUGACAGAUGACAAUGGUAUCAUCACGCUGGGACAAGAUGGUAUGAUCAGUAAAUGGACGCGAAAUGCAAGUAACCAGAAUCACUGGCAAUGGGCGAAGCUCCUCGAUGCGGGGAAGGAGGAAUCCAUCAGCUUCACCUACAACAGGGAUCGCCUUGCUGUUGCGUUUCCUCGCUUCGGUGUGAGGGUGUGGCUAUGGAUCAAAGGCACAUGGCAACCACAGCGGUCCAUUCUUCGACAGAAUGUGACGUGUAUCAAGUUCGUCGAGGACGGUGAGGCAUUACUUGGAGGCACUAGCGACGGCGUAUUAUGGUAUUGUCAAGUGCCCAAUGGGACCCUUCGAGCCUACGCAUUUCUCAAAGCUAAAAUACGACACCUGGACGUCAGUCCGAACGGAACUCAGGCACUUGUGUCUCAAGUGGGCGCUCGUGCUCAUCUUGUAGGCAUUCAAGGGAUGGAUCGCAAAGGCAAAAUCGAGCAAGUAUAUGCGAUGAACGGAGAUUCGACAAGUGACGCGAAACAAUCCACCCCUGCGGUGUUCGUCAAUGGUGGUCGUUCUGUAGUGUUCCAUAGCAGAGAAUCUUCUUGUUUGGUCUGGAACAAAACGAAAGGCGAGGUCUUGAGUGGUCUGGAUCAUGGGGAUAAUGAGCAAACCCAGGCCGUCGCAGGCUUUGACCGUGCAUCCCAUUCAUACAUCGUCACGGGAACUGCACAAGGCCUUUUGUCGUGGUGGAACUCCCCUCCCGAUCAGUGA